UAGUAAUUUUAGAGCGUGAGUUUCACGUAAGAAUCUUUAGUUCAACACUUCGAGUUCGAACACAAAGUUAUCUUCAAAGUAAAAAGUUUCUGCGUUGACUCCGGCGAACAAGCGUACGACGAUGAUAAUGAAAGGGAUUUCACUUUCUCAGUCGAAUACUUUCCAUCCAAACAUCAAAUUCAAUCGAUCGAAUCCUCCUCCGAUCAACAUUGUGAAUCCAACCCUCCGCGUUCCCAGAAGAUCCCUCCGUGUUCUCUCCCUCUCCGUCGACCCAUCGGCAAAUCAAAACGCUAAACCCACCGUUAACCCCCACGCGCCGCCGCUGGUGGUCGUGGGAUCCGCGAACGCCGACAUCUACGUGGAGAUCGAAAGACUACCCAAGGAAGGGGAGACGAUCUCGGCCAAGACAGGGCAAACGCUCGCCGGCGGGAAAGGCGCGAACCAGGCGGCGUGCGGAGCGAAGCUGGAUUAUCCGACGUACUUCGUCGGUCGUCUGGGAGAGGACGCGCACGGGAAGCUGAUCGCAGGUGCGUUGGGGGGUGGGUCGGAAGGGUGUGGAGUUCGCUUGGAUCACGUGAAGUCGGUGAAGGACGAGCCGACGGGGCACGCGGUGGUGAUGCUGCAGUCGGACGGUCAGAACUCGAUUAUUAUUGUGGGUGGUGCUAAUAUGAGAGGGUGGCCUGAGAAGAUGAGUGAUGAUGAGCUUGAGGUUGUUAGGAAUGCUGGUGUUGUGUUGCUUCAGAGAGAGAUCCCUGAUUCCAUCAACGUUCAAGUUGCUAAGGCUGUGAAGAAAGCAGGUGUUCCGGUCAUCCUGGACGUGGGAGGAAUGGAUACGCCCAUUCCGAAUGAGCUAUUGGAUUCCGUCGACAUCUUGAGCCCGAAUGAGACUGAGCUCAGUCGCUUGACCGGAAUGCCUACUGAAACUUUUGAACAGAUCAGUCAAGCUGUUGCAAAGUGCCAUAAGUUGGGAGUUAAGCAAGUUCUAGUGAAACUUGGUUCCAAGGGGUCUGCGUUAUUCAUAGAAGGGGAGAAACCGAUCCAGCAGUCAAUUAUACCGGCUGCGCAAGUGGUUGAUACUACAGGUGCUGGGGAUACUUUCACAGCAGCUUUUGCAGUGGCUAUGGUAGAGGGCAAGUCACAUGAGGAAUGCUUGAGAUUUGCUGCUGCAGCUGCCUCUCUAUGUGUCCAAGUAAAGGGUGCAAUACCCAGCAUGCCUGAUCGAACAUCCGUCUUGAAGCUCCUUCAGUCUACUACUUAAGACUGAUACUCUUUCAACUCAAUCUUCUUACGAAUAAACGGCGAUUCAGAUCACGAGGGAAGAGGUUGAAUUGGAUCUCGCGAUGGUACUCAUCAAUGGUUGUCAAUAAUGUGGUCUUUGUCUCUGUUUCUUUGUGCAUCAACUCCUUUUAACUUGUCUAGUCUUGUGAGUUGACUAAUUUUAUUAUUCUCAAAGAGUCAAAGUUACCAACACAAUGUUA